GAGAAGCCGGUCGCCUGAUCUUAUGAUAGAACGAUUUUAGCAAACCGAGUGUUGCACGACUGUCAAGAUGAAGCGGUGGCUAUCGGGAGAUGAUAGGAGACGAAGGGAGCCCGAAGUGUACGACAGUGUCGUCGACGGGUUGAAAAGACUGUAUCGGUCCAAACUUCAUCCAUUGGAAGAGUUCUACAAAUUUCACGAUUUUCACUCACCGCCCCUUGACGAUCCAGAUUUUGAUGCCAAACCCAUGGUUUUGCUUAUCGGUCAGUAUUCCACGGGGAAAACCACUUUCAUCAGAUAUCUUCUGGAACAAGAUUUUCCAGGAAUACGAAUUGGCCCCGAGCCGACGACCGAUCGGUUUAUAGCUGUCAUGUAUAGUGAACAAGAAGGUGUCAUUCCUGGGAACGCUUUGGUUGUUGACACAAAGAAACAGUUCCGACCGCUGACAAAGUUUGGUAACGCCUUUCUCAACCGUUUCCAAUGCUCCCAGUUAAAUAACCCUGUGAUAAAUAGUCUGUCCAUCAUUGAUACACCGGGUAUUCUCUCAGGAGAGAAACAGAGAGUUGACAGAGGCUAUGAUUUUGCAGGAGUUUUGGAAUGGUUUGCAGAACGUGUUGACCGCAUCAUUUUACUCUUCGAUGCUCACAAGCUGGACAUCUCUGAUGAGUUUAGACGAGCCAUUGAAGCCAUUAAAGGAUACGAUGAUAAGAUACGGAUUGUGCUAAACAAAGCUGAUAUGGUUGAUCAUCAGCAGUUGAUGCGUGUUUAUGGUGCUCUGAUGUGGUCCUUGGGCAAAGUGCUUAAUACUCCAGAAGUUGCACGAGUUUACAUUGGAUCAUUUUGGGACCAGCCCUUGCAGUAUGACAUGAACAGAAGACUCUUUGAAUUAGAAGAACAAGAUUUGUUCCACGAUAUUCAAGCCCUUCCCAGAAAUGCUGCGUUGAGGAAGUUGAAUGAUUUGAUCAAGAGGGCACGAUUAGCAAAGGUCCAUGCUUACAUCAUCAGUGCCCUCAAGAAGGAAAUGCCUUCAAUGUUUGGGAAGGACAGCAAAAAGAAGGAGCUUAUCAACAACUUAAACGACAUCUAUGGUACUAUUCAGAGAGAUCACCAAAUUUCCCCAGGUGAUUUUCCUAACUUAGCCCGAAUGAAGGAACAACUACAACAUCAUGACUUCAGCAAGUUCCAUCAAAUAAAGCCCAAACUGCUGGAAGCUGUUGAUGACAUGUUAUCCAAUGACAUCGCUCGACUGAUGCAGAUGAUACCGAAAGAGGAGGAGGCGCAGUUUGAAGAGAAACGUGUCAAAGGUGGAGCAUUUGAGAACUACGAGGAGAGUCCGUUUGGAAUUGGCCGAGGGGAAGGCGUGGACAAAGGCCGAGAUGAGGCAGAAUGGGUAGUGAAUGAACUUCGCUACGAAUAUGAUGAGGUCUUUGACAAGCUCAAUCCAACCGAUGGUAAAAUCACUGGAGCUGCAGCCAAGGCAGAGAUGGUGCGCAGCAAAUUGCCGAACAACGUCCUGGGCAAGAUUUGGAAGCUGGCUGAUGUGGAUAGGGAUGGUAUGUUAGACUCUGACGAAUGGGCUCUAGCGAAUCACCUGAUAAAGAUUAAACUCGACGGACAUGAACUUCCAGCUAUUCUGCCAAAACAUUUAAUACCUCCAUCCAAACGAGACCUGUAAACAUCUCUUGUAUUAUGCUGUCCAGUUGAGUGUGUGUCAUCAACUGACCAUCCAGAAUAAGGUGUGAAUGUUGGUCAGUUUUCACAUUGACCAUUCGGUCAGUGUAAUUGUCAAUCAAUAUCUCUGUGUAUCAUCUUGUACUAAUCAUCAGUUCUCACUGUUAUCAGCUGACCAUCCAGACCACCUCAGCCAGGUGUUUUCACCAUAAUCUGUUAGUCCACAUUGACUGACGACCACUCUAGUCAUGACACAGCAGUAGUUGGUAGGUAUAGUUGAGAUAAAUCAUGAUGACUGAAAAUGACUGGAAUUAAUUCAUCUUCCUGAUGGUUUUCUUAGGUGACAACUGAGACAAAACAUUACACCUUCUUUCAUAGUACAGUGGAAUAAUUUUCUGACUUUACUGACAUCAUCUGUUAACAUAGCCAGUAUUAAUUCUGUUAUGUCUUCAGUUAGGUUUUUUUGCACAUUGAAUUCAUAAUAAUAAAAUUAUGAAAGGAGGUUUCCUGUCAGAUGUCAGCUAAAAUGCACGUCAGUAAGAGCAGUGUGGUA